AUAAGUGGCGAAAUUGAAAACCAGUCUCAAGCUGAUAGGAACCCAGAUGCGGUCGGUUUCAUUCAACCGAGUCCAUCCGAACAUGGGGGAAGGGAGAUGCGACCAGAUUAAUAGUAUAUGGCGAAUAUAGAAGGCUUCGCCAAGAGCGUCGAUGGAGCGCAUUCAGUGAGGGCAUCAUGAAGAUCAGUCCCGAGGCGAUAGGAACCCAGAUGCGGUCGGUUUCAUUCAACCGAGUCCAUCCGAACAUGAGGGAAGGGAGAUCUGCAACUUUAGUUUGAGUGUGCGUCUGCGAAAACAUUGAACAAAAGUGGGGUCAUCAAUGGCUCUACAUCUGACCUUUCAAAUGCAUGCAUGCAUACAUACAGACGUGCAACUUAAUAAUUGGUGGUGCUUAAACCCAAAUCUUUGUUGGUGAUACAUUCGGUCAUAUGUGUGCCGUGGAAGACCACUGGUUGGGAAUAGCCUAUCAGGCCCAAUACACACAUAGCGACAUUUAGACGGAGAGAAUUCCAUUAGCCAUUUUGAACUGCAUGCUGAAAGAGCAAGCAAGUUCGCAAGGAUUUGCUCAAGACAUUGAAGGGUCAUCGAUUUGCUGAAUGAAUACACAAAUUUGAUAGCAUCAGCACAACUAAAGGACUGAGAAUUUUUAACUGCCGAGGAGAUCUCCUUUAUGUAAAACAGUACCUAAAGGGUAGCUUGUAGGACACGAUUUACAAUAGGGCUCACAUUGGAAAAUGAAGAUCUCAUUAAAACCUUUUGUUUACGAUUAGACAGACAUGACUUGAUAAAGUCUAUAAUAAUACUUUUUUUAUUUAAGAAUAACUUUUACAUUAAUUUUAGAAUUUAAGAUGACAUGCGCCAGUGCCGUCCUGAAGGAUGGGGCAAUAUUCACAGUUAAAAAAGCUUUCCGACUAGGCAAAGCGGACUCAAAUCGCGACCUAAAAACAUCCCCAAGACCCCUGAAAAUUAUUUUGGAAAACAAAGCCCAAGCAGCGCUUCUGUUAGAAAGUAGAACGACCUUCCGCAACUUCCACAAGGAAGUGUUUUUUUCAACCAGACUACGAAACGAGGGAAAGACUGAAAAUGAGAGAACUGAGAGCAGAAUUGAAGGAGAUAAUUGACAGAGGAGAGGAAGGGCUGAAGAUCAAAAAUGGACAAAUAGUCCAGGCAAAGGAGUCUUUCCUGUGGUCAGAACCUGUCACAAUGAAGUCAGGGCCUGUCCAAUCAUAUCCUGAUCAACGAUCGCAUCUGUCCAAAUUUACUUAUAUACUAACGUACCAUGCAAAGUGAUUUGGGUGGCCACUCUGUUGGUUGUAGGCCUCGAAGGCGCUCACCACUUGACAGCUUCGAGGAUCGUGAACUCAGACUAAGCGCUCCAAAGUGUUCUUAUGUUUUCAACUCCAAGUAAGUCUAAAGAACAAAAAUAUGCAGGUGACUUUUGCUGGAACCACGACCAUAACUCCAAUUUGUUUGAUGUUACUAAAACAGCCAAUUGGUGACGACCACACGUUAUAGACUCACGCCUCGGUGUUCACAUUCGACGGACACGGAGCGGGAGGGGAUUGCUUACUAUUUUGACAGAGCCAUGGGAACUCUUGGCACGUAUACCGGUUUUCUUGGCAUAUUUGGAUUCAGUUUUUUGAUGAGUAUAAAAUAGUGUUCUAAAUAAUUUCUCAGACCUUGUCACAGCUGACGUCGACGUUAACACCUUAAUAUCUAUGGGUUCCGCGGCCCUUUCCAAGGAACUUCCCUCCAAUGCCUUGAACUAUUAUUCGCAAGCUGUUGGUAAAUGAUUUUACAUAAUUGAUCUGCCAGAGUUGGAUCCCAAUAACUAUUUGGCCGUUUACGGGAAAGCAGCCGCUCUCCUUGCAUUGGGAAAAUUGCAUUUGGCUCUAUCAGACGUCGAAAGGGUCAUUCAACUUAGUCCAGGCUACAUACCAGUAUUCCGCUGAUACUUUUCUUGUAUUCGCCAUUUAGGGUCAUAAACAAAAAUCACGGAUUCUUUUAAAACUCGGGGACUUGAAAGGCGCACGCGCCCCUCUGUAUUUCUUGGUAAUUUUUAGUUCUGAAGUCUAACUUAUUCCUAGAAAACUUCUUACCCCGAAACAGAGGCAGCUCUUAAAGAAAUCGACGACCUAGAAGUCAAAAUCGACCACGCGAAAACGCUCUACCAGAAUGGGGAUUUUGCAGGCGCCAUCCCAGUCUUGGAUACUAUAAUGAAGUCUGUAUCUGCGAACAGUGAACUUCACGAAAUGCGUGCGAAUUGCCAUCUGAGAACCGGCGAGAUUAAAAAGGUUGUUUUCUUCACCUAA